AUGGUGCCACCCUCAGGCGAGGCAGCCACCACCCCCGGGGACUGUGGAGAACCACCUUUGCUUGUCCUCACAAAUACGGGAUCAGCCACCAAAUACGGGACCAGCUACCAUCCUUCCCCCCUCUCUGAGAAGACGGAGUGGUCCGAGCCGUGGCUGGUGGGGCUGGCGGUUUUCCACGUCCUCUGCUUCCUCCUAACGUACGUCUCUUUCCAGCACUACCGGGUGCAAAUAGGGCACUUCCUCUGCAUGGUGGGCUUAGUGUACUGUGCUGAAUAUAUAAAUGAAUUAGCAGCCAUGAAUUGGAGGCUGUUUUCUAAAUACCAGUACUUUGAUUCAAGAGGAAUGUUUAUUUCGCUAGUAUUUUCAGCACCACUGCUGGUGAAUACUAUUAUAAUUGUGGUCACCUGGGUUUAUAGAACUUUGAACGUAAUGACUGAAUUGAAGACACUACAGCAGAGAAUGAAGGCAGAAAAAGAGAAAAAGAAGUGACAGCACCUAACACUAUUUUUUUUAAAUUCUAAUAAUGCUUGUCCAGGUAAUCAGUCCUUCUGCACGUUUAUCCAGA